AUGGGCUUUAUGUCAUUUUUGUUUUUUCUUCUUAUAUAUGCUCAAUGCUUAGUUGUAAAACUUUCAGAAGGGGAUCUCAAUGGGUUGGAUAAUGCUGAGGACUUUGUUGGCGACCGAUCAAAAUACUAUGACAUAAAGGAUAAUGUAAAUCCUGGUGACAAGGAUGCUCAGUCGAUUCGGAAUUUCGAGACACAUACUACCUCAGUGGACCAGGAAAAUGUGGUUCUCAGCCAAAGAGCUUCUGGGCCUCUGGAUUCAUCAGACAACCAGGAAUCUUCAGGGGAAGAUCACUUAUCAGCUGGACUUGACCACAAAAAUGUUCGGGAGUCUAUUCUAAAAGAACUGCCUUCAUUGGAUUCAGUUGCUGCAGAAGGUAUUAACACACAUGAAAUUCCAACUUUCAAUGAAUUCCAUGCAAUGGUUUCAGAAAGGUCACAACCACGUAAAGGGCAAGAUUGUGAAGUUGUCGAAAAUGUUGGUGUGACCAAUCCUGACUACGAUAUCAACAUUGAACAGAAAAUUAAGGCUUCACAAAUUCCUCAGGGAUCCGAAAAAGUACUACAAACACACGUUGAUGUUAAUCCAUCGGUUAAAUCUUCGAGAAAUCAAAUCGUUCAAGAUGUACCAGAAAAAAGUGUUUUCACACAUCAUAGUUCGUUUUCCGAUAAUAUCAAAAAAGAUUCUGCUAGUGAACAGCAUCAGUCUUUGCAAACGAAUUCUGUUGUGACAUCUAACUCAGAAACAAAUUCCAAAUCAAGUUCUCAUGUUUCUUCACAACCUGUUAUUACCACCACCACCUCAGCAACGACAACAAUAACUAACAAUGAUGCUGUUCAUACACCGGGCAAGAUUGACUUAACUCUUCGGAGAAAUGUCGCUUCUGUAGCCUGUGGUGCAAAGAUGUUAGGAUUCAGUAGAGCGAUAAAAAACCCCGAGGCUGUACUCAAUGAAAACAAUGAUGAAUAUAUGAAUGUUCCGUGUAGUGAAGAAAAAUGGUUAGUUCUAGAAGUAUGCCAACCGGUUCAACUACGGACUAUAGAACUGGCAAAUUAUGAAUUAUUUUCAUCACGGUUGAAAUCGUUUCGAGUUUAUGCUAACGAUCGAUAUCCAGCAAAGUCCUGGGAAUUGAUUGGUACAUUCACCGCCCGAGAUGUUAAGGGAAUACAGUCUUUCAGUGUUGUUGGUGGAAAAAUGAUCAAAUAUGUUAAAUUCGAAUUGAUUGAACACUAUGGUUCAGAACAUUAUUGUCCAUUAACGAUGAUUAGAAUAUUUGGUUUGGGUUCCGAUGAUUUAGAUGAUGAUGACGAUGUUGAUGAUGUUGAUGUUCGAUUAAUGAAUGUGCCAGAAACUACUUCAAAUCAUGAUUCGACAAUUACUCCGACGCAGGAUAAAAAUCAGCAUUUGGAAAAUCAUGAAAAUGAUAUCAUUACUAAAGAUAACGCAAAAAAUGAGCGUAAAGAUGAUCAAACUUCAUUGAAUACUACUAGUAGUAAUGAUGGUAUGUAUGAUACUACAGGGAUAACGGAAGACAACAAUCAUCACAUAGUCAAUGUCAGUACAUAUGAUCCUGAAAUUAAACUAACUAAUUCAGAUUUGACCAGUGAAGAUUAUCCUAACAAUCAGAAUGAUGAUCAUGAUCAUAAACACAUUGUUGACAAGUUGUCUAAUAUUGAUUCUACUAACAGUGAUUCAUCUGUGGAUUCCUCGACUAUGUACCACACUGAUGAUACCGCUUCUUCUGAUCACCACCAUAAAUUAUUGGGAGAUCGAAGUAAGAAACAUUCGGAACAAACAACCACUGGAGGCAGUUUAGAAAAUCACAAUGAUAAUUAUAAAAACAAAUUUUGUGAGAAAAUAGAUCCUGUGAAGGCGCUUCACAAACCAUUUUGUCCAGCUGGAUCAAUACUGUAUCGUUCUAUAAAUAAUAUCAAUGAUCAUUCUACAACAACUAAUUGUCAUACUUCCAAGGUUACAAACAGUGAUUCACCAACUCCACAUAAAUCUCAUUUUUAUCCAACUGUAAAUAUUCAUGAUAAAGCAUCAGCCACAAUGAAAUUACCAUCGCCUAUUGGUCAAAUUGGACAAAAUAAUAAAUCAUUACAAAACAUGAAUACAGUUAAUUUAACAUCGAAAUUGCAUAAUAAACUCUUUAAUCAAGUUUUCAAUCCAAUGAACCUAUUUACUCGAUUGGGAAAUGCUAUAAAACAUACUAUAUUUGGUAUUUUUUCACAGUUUUUCCCAUCAGCUAAAGAUACUAACAAUCACUAUUUAAUUUUGAAUGAUAUUGUUCCAACAUUAGAAAAUUAUCAUACAAUUAAUUAUUUAUUUAAUCCAAUGGGUUUAUAUAAUCUAUUAUGUAAUCAUUCUAUGAUGUAUUUAACAAUGAAUCAAAUUAAAGGUUUAUGGUAUUUACGUAAAUGUCUUAGAUUAUUAGAUAUACAAUAUUUAUCUUAUUCAUUGAAAUCAUUGAAUAUAAUCCAUCCAAUGAAAAUAGAAGAAUGUUCUCGCGCUAUUAAUCAAUUGAAUUUAACAAUGAUAACCAAUUCCCAAUAUGGGCAACCCUAUUAUCAUUGGUCUAUAUAUGAAUUAGAUAAAAGUAUUGGAUAUUUAUUUAUGGCAUAUCAAAUGAUGCAACAUAAUCAAACUUUAUUACAGUCAUCAUCAUCAUCAUCAUCCUAUUGUAUUGAAUGUACAUCCUUCUCAUAUUCAUCAUUGUAUGAUGGUAAUGAUUGUUGUGAGUUGUUUAGCUGGAAUUGGAGAACAUUAAAUAGAUUACUAUGGAAUAAUACAAUUGACAAUUAUAUGUGUCUCAAACUACCAUCAUUUUUAUUAUUAUCAUCAUCAUUUAAAUCUCCUAUUAUUCAUGAUCUAACCGAUUCAACAGAUAAUAAAAGAAUGUUCAUUGAUAAUUAUCAUCAUUCAGCUGAUAUUGUUAUUCAUAAUAUAAAUAGUAAAUCAUCUAAUAGUUUAACAUCAUCUACAUCUACAUCAUCAUCAAUUAAAUCACUUAAAAUGAAUCGUCCACAUUCACAUCAUGAUGAAGCAUUAGUUGUACCAGCUGCUUUAGGUGGAUCACAUCGAUCAACAGCAUAUAUGCGUCUUAAUAAUCGUGUACGUAUUAUUGAACGUAAUGUAUCUGUCAGUAUGAGGUACUUAGAAGAACUUAGUCAAAGUUAUCGCCGUCAAAUGGAACGUUUAUCACGUUCAUUUAAUUUAACUUAUGCUUGGUUAAAAGUAACAGCUCAUAGUGCUGAAGAACGUGAUCGUCAACAACAACAUCGUAUUUCACAAUUAGAAUUACAAUUGAAUGAUUUAACUGCACGUAUAAAAUCUCGUUUGUCGAAUUCAUUGCCUGCUUCUUCGUCAUCUGGUCAGCCGGAUUUAACAUUAACGUCUUCUCCUUUAUCUUCCACCACUCCAAGUUCAUCAUCGUCAUCAGAAUCAGUAGUAACAACGACAACCAAUACUGAAGGGACUAUAUCAAGUUCAUCUAAUUCAAAAUCAUCAAAUUUAGUCACAUCACUUACUUCUCCUCCACCAUUACCUGAUUUUGAAAGUUCUUUAGAUUGGAAUCCAUGGCUUAAAUCUCAACAUGAUGAUUGGUAUAUGAUAGUUGAUGGUGAUAUGGUUGUAUCUAAUAAUAAUGAAGAUGUUGAUGAUACAGAAUUUGAAUCCUAUGAUAGUUAUCAAACAAAUGAUGAUGUUUAUCUGUCAAGAUUAGACGGAACUACUGGUACAUUAUCUAAAAAUUAUAAAGAAAAAUUUAAACAAACUACAACUGGCACUACAAACUCUAAAAGUAGUGACAAUAACAUUAUCAGCCCUGACAGUAGUAGUGUGAGUAAUAAUCCAAAUGAAUAUAAUGCAAAAUCUUUAUUUGAUCCAUAUUUAUCCACAAGAAAUUAUAAACAUCAACAUUAUGAUAUGGAAUCAUCAUCAUCAUCAUUGUUCUCAGAAUGGAAACAAUUCCUUCUUGGAUUUUUAUGGUUAGAGUUCAGUUGGCCUGUAUGGUUAUAUAAUUUUGGAAUAUUUAUUCAUAAUUUCUGUCAAAUGAAUACAAUGAUUUUAAAUAUAUUCAGUUUGGUAUUACUUCAUCUCAUAUUAGCAUCAAUAGUUCAUUUUCUUAUUUAUUGGUUAUGGCUUAGACCAAAAAAUCAUCUAAUAAGUAAAUUUGAUACAGAAUUAUUGUUAUCUAGUUUAUAUCAAGUAUUAUAUUGUCAAAAAAAUCAUUCAAAUUUUAAUAGUUGUAUUGUAUAUUUUAAUUCAAUGAAUUCGACAAUUUCGACCCAACAUCUAACUCAUUUAAUUCCUUCAAUCAAUAUUAAUACAACUACUACCACCAAUAAUGAUAAUGAUAAUGCUCAAACUACUGAUAAUAUUACUGAACAUCAUGACGAUGAAUAUGACAUGAAGCAAUCUUUUGAUAAAGCAUCCAAUUUUAUUUUUAUCAAUACGAUGAUUACUGAUAAUAAUGGUGAUAAUGAUAAUCUUCAUACUACUGAUAAUGUUACUGAACAUCAUAAUGAUGAAUAUGACAAGAAGAAAUCUUUUGGCAAAGUAUCCAAUAUUAUUCUUACCAAUACUAUGAUUACUACUACUACUACUACUAAUGAUAAUAAUAACAGUAAUAAUAAUAAUAAUAAUAAUAAUAACAACAUUACAGUACCAAAAGUUCUCACUUGUUAUCAAAUGAAUGAAUUAUCUCAUAUAUACAAACCAACUAUUGAAAUGACUUAUGAUCAUUUGAUAAUUAAAACUGAUUUAAUAGAUAAUGAUUGUUCAAUCAAAGAAAUUUAUAGAAAUCCCAUUGUUACUAAUAUCAAUGAUCAAUGCAUGAAUAAUAAUAAUAAUAAUGAUGAUGUUCAUUCAUGUUGUUUAAUCAAAGAGAUACAAGUUAAUAAAAUUGAAGAUGAUGACAUCUCUUCUAGUCAAGUUAAAUUUGAUCCUCAACCUAAACAUGUACCAUCAUUAUUACAACUGCCUACAAUUUGUUCUUCAUCAGACAAUAGUCAAUUCAAUAAGGAUCAAUUGAAGUGUGGAGAAAAUGAUAGUUCACAAUCAUCUAUUUGUCAAUUGAAUGAAUUCUUGCCACAGGAAUGCAAUAAACCAUCAUGUAGACCAUCUCUUAAUCAAAAUAAUAAUGAUCUAGAGCCCCACCUCUCUAUGUCAACUCAUUUGGUAAUGAACUCCAAUUUAACGCCACCAACAUUGAUCAAAAAAAUUUCAAAAUCAAUGAAUAAUAAUCAUAAGAGAAAACAUAAAAGAAAACGUGAAUUAAAUAAUAAUGGAUUUAUGUAA